UCUGUAAGAACCAUGCUGCCAACCGUUAUUCGAUCUCCAGUUCUGUCUGUCCACUAUGCUCUAGGCCCCUUCUUUUAUUAAAUGUUGUCAACAUGUGCCACCAAAGAAACAUGUCUUCUCUGUUGCAGUCCUGACCCUUCCUAGAGAUAGAUAUAUCUCCUACUCUCCAAGAAUUUUGGAAGUCUCUUAAGACCUGGCUUGGUUCCUAUACCUGGUGUUCGAGGAUUUGGAGUACUCUGACAAACAUUUCUUAAAUGUUCCUGAUGUGGUUCAGUGUGGGCAACCAUGCUUCUUGGGUUACAUAUUUUAAAUAUUAUAAGUUCCCAGAGCUUUUUUGGAAUCAGGUAGCCUCAAAACCCAAUAUAUAGUUAAAUGUAUAAAUAGCUUCUGCUUUCAAUACAACUGUGAAUAUUCCGCAGCAUGCUGUAUAGUAUUUUAUUUGUUUGUUGUGUUUAUUUUUAAAAUGUGCUUUUUAAAAUCUAAGGUCAAUUAAGUAUUCCUUAAUCACCAUUUGAUAUGUCGGUUUAAGAUUAUGUUUCUCUCCUGAAAAGGUGGCAUUCAGCAUGAGUGAAAAGAAAAUACGCCUGGUAAUUGAUGGUUUGAAGACUCGUGAAGAAAACCUACCAUCUUCUUAUCCUUAUUCCCAGAUAAAUGCAUCAAUAUAUCUAGGAGCUGUUCCAUCAUUAAACAUUCAGAAUAUUCCAAAGAAGAGUUUUGUGGGCUGCUUGAGAAACUUUCAAGUUGGGAGAAAACACAUGUAUACUUACCAGAAAAACAAUGGUGUCCUACCUUGCUUGGACAAUAUUUUGGAGAAUGGUGUUUCAUUUUUCAACGAAGGAGGAUAUAUUGUGAUUGAAAAUACCUUUUUAAUAAACCUCGAAUAUAGGAUUGCAUUUAGCAUACGUCCAAGAAGUUUCACUGGCAUUUUAAUUCAUGCUGGCAGCAAUCAACAAAACUAUUUAACUCUUUACAUGAAAGGAGGCAUGCUCACUGCCUCUGGAAAUAAUGGUGCUGGCGAAUUUUCUCUGUCAGUCACACUUCAGCAAUCUCUGUGCGAUGGACAGUGGCACUCUGUAGCAGUGUCUCAGAAGCAGAAUAUUAUCUACUUAGAUGUAGACACAAACAGAAAUUAUACUGCUGCACUAUCACCUAAGCUUUCUACCAGCCAUGCUCAGCCACUCUAUUUUGGAAGAGUUCCAGUUAAUUUGGAAACACCAUGGCUUCCAAUUCAGGAUGUGUUCCUUGGCUGUUUAAAGAAUAUGAAAAUUAAUGACAAAUCUAUCUUACUAAACAAAAUGUCAAACAUUCAUGGUGUUGUCAGCCUGGAAGGGUGUCCUGCCUAUUAACUGCUCCAUCAUUUAAUAUGCUAUAUGGGUAGCCAAAAUAUGGUUUGAUCUCUUUCUAUGGUCUUUUGCCCUUGUUUCCAUCACAGUUCAAAUAUAUGUUUUCAUAAUUGAGGUCUGUGUUGCCUUUCUUUGAGGUUUCUUGAAGCUUUUGUGGUCCUAUGUACAAACUGUCUUUGAUAAAGCCACUUGAAAUAUAAAAUGACCUUCUAAUAUAAUAUGGUGAUAUUCUGCUUUCAACAACAGUUGAGUAUAUACUUAGAGCAAUUGCACUGACAAAAUGCUGACUCCUAAGGCUCCUGAAAUGAAAAGAACUCCCAAAAUAAGAAUUGGAAGAUUCCUUGGACACAAAUAGAACUGGAUUUCACAGAUAAAA